GUUUAAGGGGGCAGAGUGCAAUUUCUAGAAAAUAUUGUCCAACAUUUGACCUUUCUUCCUAUUCCUGAGAAAGCUAGAACAGACGGAACAGAAAGCCCAAAAAACAUCAAAUCAAACACGAACUCUACUAACCCGUACACGCCAUUGCCAACAUCGCCUAAUUUUUUGCGAAAUUAAUCCAUUAUUCAUUGUCUUAACGUAUCCCAUUUACCCAAAUUGCUACCCAAACUGAAGUUUGACCGCAUUGUCUUCCCAAUUGAAGCAAUCCCUUUCGUUGUUUUUGUUGAAUCAAUAGCGUGUGACAGGUGUGAAAACAACUUUGUGGGCGCAUGUUUUGAGCUGAUUGCUCAGUAUCACCGCCAUUUUUUUCACGACAAGAGUACAAUCCCAGGUGGUUUCUUCCUUUCUUCCAUUUAAAUAGUUGGGCACUGUUUUUUUUUCCUAUUUAAAUUUCCUGAAUUUUGAUUUAUUUAUUCUUUUUUGGGCGGUGUGGUUCACCAAAAUUUCAUCUCCGACGUAAUAUUCAAAGUUUUGAUCGUCUAUGUUCUUGGAAUUUUCAAAUGUGAAAAGACCCAUUUGUCAAUUGCAAUUCUUGUGCUUAUGUUACUUCUAGAUUUUUGGAUGAAGUGAUAAAAACAAUCAGAAGAGAAGCAAGAUUUUUGGGGUCAAACAUCGGUUUAACUGCUUUCGUAUUGGUGUGAGAUCGACCUUGAAAUUCUAGAAACAUUAUAUGUUUUAGUGAUUGAGUUGGUGAUUCUGUCCAUGUGGUAUUAAGGGAUCGAACUCCCUUUGAAAAUCUGAAUACCAUUUUUUUUAAAUUUUUUUGGUCUAGUUGUUUUUGAUAUUCCUGGCAUCAUUUCCUAGUUUAUAAGAAAAGAUAUUGAAGUUUUAGAGGGUGACCAUCUGGUCUGUAGAUUGUGAAAACUCUCUGAUUGAAUAAAGAUGGUAGGGGAUGUGGCGGAGUUGAGUAGUAAUGGUUACGUGAAUGGAGGAGGCAAUGGUGCUCUGGAAGAGAAGGUUGAUGAACUGCGGAGACUUUUUGGGAAAGUAGAUGGUGACCCUUUGAGGAUUGUUGGCGUUGGAGCUGGGGCAUGGGGUAGUGUUUUUGCGGCUAUGCUGCAGGAUGCAUAUGGAAAUCUGAGGGAGAAAGUCCAGAUUAGGAUAUGGAGGAGAGCUGGCAAGUCUGUUGAUAGAGUAACAGCAGAACAUCUAUUCGAGGUAAUUAAUUCCAGGGAAGAUGUCUUAAGAAGGCUGAUCAGGAGAUGUGCAUACCUGAAGUACGUCGAGGCAAGAUUAGGUGAUCGAACCCUACAUGCUGAUGAGAUUUUGAAGGAUGGAUUUUGUUUGAAUAUGAUUGAUACACCACUUUGUCCCAUGAAGGUGGUAACCAACUUGCAAGAAGCUGUGUGGGAUGCCGAUAUUGUGAUCAAUGGUUUACCAUCAACAGAGACCAGAGAGGUCUUCCAAGAAAUUAGCCGUUACUGGAAGGAGAGAAUAACAGUGCCAGUCAUAAUCUCCUUAGCAAAGGGUAUAGAAGCUGAAUUGCAGCCUGAGCCUCGGAUUAUUACUCCUACUCAGAUGAUAAAUCAAGCAACUAAUGUUCCCAUGGAGAAUAUACUCUACCUGGGAGGGCCCAAUAUAGCAUCAGAAAUUUACAACAAGGAAUAUGCAAAUGCUCGUAUUUGUGGUGCUGAAAAGUGGAGAAAGCCUCUUGCAAGGUUUCUGAGGCAACCCCAUUUCAUAGUUUGGGACAAUGGUGAUCUUGUCACUCAUGAAGUUAUGGGAGGUCUAAAGAAUGUGUAUGCAAUAGGAGCUGGUAUGGUGGCAGCUCUUACUAAUGAGAGUGCUACAAGUAAAUCAGUGUACUUUGCACACUGUACAUCUGAGAUGAUUUUUAUUACUCAUCUUUUGGCGGAAGAACCGGAGAAACUUGCUGGUCCUCUUCUGGCUGACACAUAUGUCACAUUGUUAAAAGGUCGUAAUGCAUGGUACGGGCAGAAGUUGGCUAUGGGAGAGUUGAGCCUGGAUAUGGGUGAUAGCAUCAAGGGAAAGGGUAUGAUUCAGGGUGUUUCUGCGGUAAAAGCUUUCUAUGAACUACUUAGUCAACCUGGUCUGAAUCUCUUGAAUCCCACUGAAAAUAAGCAUGUUGCUCCAGUUGAGCUAUGCCCCAUCUUGAAGACCUUGCAUAAAAUACUCAUAUCAAGGGAGCAAUCAUGCCAGGGAAUCCUUCAGGCUUUGAGAGAUGAAACCAUGAACGAUCCUAGAGAACGAAUCGAGAUUGCCCAAAGUCAUGCUUGCUAUAGACCGGCACUGUUGGGUAAAUAGAUGUAGCAAGAAGGUCCUCGUGUCCAUUUAGCUACAUCACUGGACCGAUUACUGUUCUGCUCUUUUUCUUUGGUGCUGGGAAAAUGAGAUGGAGAUAAUUAGCUGCCAGUCGGACUUUGCCCAAACAGAUAUGCAUGAAAUUACAUUUCCAAAUUAAUACAUGUGAUUUUAUUUUAUUUUGUUUCCCUCUUGUAAAAAUGGCAUUAGAAGGAAAAGGUAUUAGGUUUGAUACUUUAGACUUGUGGUGUCAGAUUCGUGAUUAUAAUCUGUCAUUUUUUUUUCACUCAUUCCAACCCUCCAACCUCAGGAAUUCCAAAUGAAAUAACUCUACAGACGGCAUGUUGUAGGGGAUGAAAUGAGACAUGUUGGUUUUACCUUAAAACUCAGUUACAGAAGUAUUUGGAAAACUUUUCCAGAUCUGUGGAAAACAUAACGAAUGCUUCUUCUUCUACAUUGUUCAACCAAAAUUAGGAGCAACUACCAUCAGAAUUUGCUGUAGGAUGCAAAGAUUAUGUAAUCGUUAAGGACAUCUAAGUCUUAACAGAAUUUUUCUUAUAUUAGUGAUGAAUACAAUGAUGGAACACGGAAAAAUUUGAUCAUGAC